AACUCUUUUUUUGUCAGGCCCUGACCACGAAUCCUCCUCAUUUUCUCUCAACCACCCUUCUGCUCCCACCCACGAGAACUCAUCGGAUCGGUAUGCAACCUUGAUAUUCUUUCUAUCUUCCUUUUUCGUUCCACGCUACUAUACUCACAUUUAUUUUGUGGGCAGGCUACUAUUAAGCAAUAGGAUAAAAAGAAAGUCUGGCAUAAGCAGACUUCGGCCUCCUCUUUUACUAUGACCGAUAUCGCAACACCUUCUGUCGCUCUGGGUACAGGGAAAAAUUUUGUUCAAAAGCCGGAGAAGCCUGACCAGAUCGAGUUCGAGAAAAAGCUCAAGGCUGCUCAAGAGGAGCAUGACGAAGUUCGUCAGAGGUUGGUAUGUGCAAAACUGCAUUCCUUAAAUGCGUGAAUUUCGGAGUUUUCCAGGGUUCUGAAUUUUCCCUUAAUCACUCCGGGAUGUAAUCGGUUUUUCUAACCAUCUCCUACAAUUUCAGGGCGAGGUUAAGGCGAGGUUAGAUCUUGCCCAGGCUCCUGGGAGGAGCCCUCUCCAAAACCAGCUCAAGGAUAAGCUUGAGGAUAUCCGAAGUCAGCAAUCCAGGAAAAAUAAUGACCGUGGAAAGAUUGACGAGGAAAUCAAGGCAACAGCUGAUAGUCUCAAGUCUAAAAUAAUGGAACUCAAUGUUAGGAAGGGAAAACUCGCAUACAAGACUCUCGAGGAGCUUGGUAGGGCCAUCGAAAACCUGGAAAAAAGCGUAGAGAGAGGGGAUAUGAGAUUGGUUGACGAGAGGAAGGCUCUGUCCGAAAUUUGUAAACCCCUAUUUGUUAUAUGUGCGGGACUUAAUCACACCGCUAAUACUUUGGAAUCAUAGCCACUCUCCAUAAACAGCGCAAGAUUCUUGGUAUCCUCAACGUCGAACAAAAGGCAAUCGACGAAGAAAGGGAGAAACUCGAGGAGCUUAAAGCCAAGAGGAAGGAUCCCGAGGUUCAGAAACUGAGCGACGAGUGCGGGGAAAUCAUGAGGCAACUUGACGUGAUCAAGGCCGAGCAGGAUGAGGCGUAGAUACUCCUACCCCACUCUUCAUGUAGAACGGCCGUGCUAAGCCUGUUUUCAGUCUCGGAAACCUGAAUAUGCUCCGCGAUGAACGCAGCAGCCUAUACGACCAACAGAGGGAGAAGUGGCAGAAAAUUCAGGAUCUCAAGGACGACUACUAUUCUGCUAGGGAUGCUUACCGAGACUAUGAAAAGGAGGCCUGGAGAAUUAGGAGAGAGAAGAAAGCUAAAGAAGAUGAGGAAUAUCGUCUAGCUAUGAAGCGCGAACUCGCACAACAGAAGUUGGGUAUGUGAUGCUCCCGCAAAAGGCUGAGGCUAUUUCUGAUGCUUAGGUCUGGGCUAUAGAGGAGGCAUCGCGGAAGGCCUAUACUUCCGAAAUCCUCACCUGUGAAGGUCUUGUUGGAUACUUUGACCCAUCUUCUGCAGAGGCUGCCCGGAAAGCCAAACUCGCCAGUGAACCGCGAGCUCUUGCUGCUCAACCUACUCGCUCUGUCGAUGGUAGUCCGCCAAGUGGUAAAAGGCUUACCAAGAAGGACGACCAUGAGGAAGACUACUUUGUUAGUAAACCUAAGAAGGGAAAGAAAGGGAAGAAAAAUAUCGGAACUACCUCGCUGAACCCCGAAUCUUCCCCUACUACGUCAGCCAAGUCUAGGAGUGGCAGGAUCAAUCUUCCAGGUGGUGUCGUGCAAGAGCUAACUAAGGUCGAUAUCUUGCCUCCCGCAAACAAAGAAGACGUCCAGAGAGUUCUUAAAGAACUAGGGGACAAAUUGGCUUGGUAUAAGGACAACCAGGACCAAAAGACCAAAGAGGUAAACCAAUGUUGAAUCGCUGAUGCGGCCCGUCACUAAUAUUAUUCUUGUAAAUAGAACAUCGCUAAGGCCCAGAAAGAGAUUGACCGUCACGAAGCCGGGGAUCCGGAUGGUAAGGAGGGGAACGAAGGCACUAAUGGUCAUUCAACUCCUAACGAAGAAUUCGCCGAAGCUGCCGCUACGGCGGAUGUCGAGAAGGAGGACGGAGCUGAGGCGGAGUGAGAGCGCCUAUUUCCUCUUUUCUUUAGCUCUUUAUUUUUUUCUCUUGAUAUUCAAAACGCUAAAAACUUUCACGAUUUAAUGCUUCGCUAUGAACACUGGGAGAAAGUUCAGGAGCAGAAAUUUUUCACUUCUUAUAUAUCAUUCCUUGUCGUUUUUCGCCUUUAGCUGUGCGAUAUCCCCAUCCCUUGGACAUUGAAAAGGAUAUAUUAGUUCGGUCUCUGUUUUGGCUGGGGAUACACAACCGGGUGUUUCAAGUGCACGGGUUGGGUCAGCUAUGAAGCGAAAAGGGAUUUUAAUGCCUUAUAAUGAAUUCUGUCACCGAAAUUGUACUCUUAAUACCAAGUUACGAAUGCUAGACAAACA